AUGCCCAGGCAGGCCUGCAGGCGAGGCCUGGCAGGCAGAGCACACCCAAUGUGAGUCCUGAGGACCCCCGUGGAGGUGGGCGUCAGCACAAUGCAGACUGUCCACCUUCAGCACCGCUGCCGGGGCAGCCGCCGGCUCAAGGCCAGGGCAUCAUACGUGGAUGAGACUCUGUUUGGCAGCCCUGUGGGUACCCGGCCCACCCCACCAGAUUUCGACCCGCCCUGGGUGGAAAAGACCAACAGAACCAGGAAAGCGAGCAUGGGGGCAUCACAGGCCUCAGGGGCCAAUGGAAGCUGUGAGAGCACCCCGUCCAGGGGCAGCACCCCGACUCUCACACCAAGGAAGAAGAACAAAUACAGGUUGAUCAGCCACACUCCGUCUUACUGUGAUGAGUCACUGUUUGGCUCCCGGCCCGAGGGUGCAGGCUGGGAGGCCCCGUGGAUUAGGAAUGGGGAUGCUGCGAGGCUCCGAGCCCUGUUCUGGACGCCCCCCACUACUCCCAGGGGCAGCCACUCAUCCCAGCCCAGGGAGACCCCGCUUCGAGCUGUGCACCCAGCCAGCCCCUCCAAGGCAGAGUCCAGGGUCGUGGCAAACUCCCAGAAGCUGCCCUUGGAUGGGUUAGACGCCCCAGACCCUCUGCGGCGGGGGCGGUCCCAGUCUCUCACCCACCUGAACACCCCCAGCACUGCUCGCUCACCCCCCAGUACCUCUCAUGCCAAUGGGCCUGGGAACCUGUCGGGGGUGACCUUCCGGAGCCCCCUGGUGACCCCUAAGGCUUACUCCAUCAGUAUGUCAGUGCCAGCCACCCCCCAGCGAGGUGGGCCUCCCCGGAAGACAAAGCCCCCUUGGAAAUGA